AUGGCUCGAAGAAAUUUGCUGCUAUGUUUUGAUGCAUUUGGAACGCUGUUCUCACCAAAAGCCCCCGUGGCCGCGCAAUAUACAGAAGUAGCGCGCCAGUGCGGUAUUACCAACUUCACCGACGAGCAGCUCCAGGUGAAACUCAUGGAUGCUAUUAUGCAUGAGCGACGAGUACAUCCAAAUUAUGGCAAAGCUACGGGUCUUGGAGCUACUCAAUGGUGGACAAAUAUUAUCCAAAGCACAUUCGCGCCAUUUGUCGCAGGUCCGCUUCCACCGACUCUCGUUCCGCGUCUUUUGCACCGAUUCUCUUCAAACGAAGGCUAUUCGGCAGAGGAAAGUCUUGUUUCUACAAUCCGCUCCCUAAAGAAUAAAAAUGCCUUUAACGACGUUGUAAUCGGCGUGGUGACAAAUUCCGAUGAUCGCGUGCCGAGUAUACUAUCUUCAUUAGGGCUUGAUGUCAGCCCGCUGCGCUACGGAUCCCUUACCAAGGUAGACAGAAACUACGAUAUUGAUUUUCAUUGUAUGUCUUACGACGUUGGUGUCGAGAAGCCCGAUGAGCGGAUCUUUACUGCUGCAGAUGCCAUGCUCUCGCAUAUCAUCACCUCUCGAGGUGGUGCGCUAGAUGAGUCGCAGUGGUAUAAAGUCUACGUUGGAGACGAGAUUUCAAAAGACGUGAAAGGAGCACAGAACGCCAAAUGGAGCCCCAUACUCCUAGACCCAGAGGGCAAAGAAAACGACAUUACGAAGCUGGAAGAGUGCCCAAAGCAACCGGUAGGCGAGUUGUUUCAACGUCACAAUGUUGUGAGAAUUCGCUCGUUACAUGGGCUUUCAAACUGGAUGAUGGAAUAA